AUGAGGGAGCUGGGGACGAGGCGUGCGAGUCUCUCUGCCAGCCUGAAGAUAGGGGAUCGCCGGGGCCGCUGCCGGACACCGGAGGAAGAGGAAGCCCACAUCCCGUUUGCGCAGGACAGCCUGGUCAAGCAAUGGAGCUCCAUGCAGAACGUGACGGACGGAAACCAGGAGAAAAGCAAGACUCCCAUCCAAAGGAACAAGUACUUGCUCAACAUCAACGUGGGUGGCAAAUUGUUCCAGAUAGCUUGCAAGGUAGCGGCCCGGUAUCCCGUCACCAGGCUUGGGAAGCUGGCCCUUUAUACAGACCCUAUGAAGAAAAUGCAGCUCUGCGAUGACUACUCCGUGCAGAAGAAUGAGUACUUCUUUGAUAGAGAUCCUUCGAUUUUCCACUACAUCUUCCACUUCUACCGCAGCGGGGUCCUGUGGAUAAUGGAUGAGAUGUGCCCCAGUCACUUUGUGGAGGAAAUCGAGUACUGGGGAAUCCAUCUGAAAUACUCCCAACGCUGCUGCCGGAUCCUGUUUGAGGAAAAGCAAGAUGAACUCAGUGAGUACCUAAAAAUACAGAAGGAGCUGGAGGCAGAACUGGAGCCCCUGGACUCCGCGGAGCAGUUCGAGGGCAAAUUUCUGGGACGGUUUCGGAAGAUGAUCUGGAACCUUAUUGAGAACCCGUACUCUUCCGUCCCAGCCAAGAUCAUUGCUGUCAUGUCAAGCGUCUUUGUGCUUAUCUCCAUCGUGGGCAUGACGCUGAGCACAGUGGAGGAGAUGAAACACAAGACAGGGAAGAUGUGGAUGGAGCAGAUGGAGAUGAUCUGUGCCAUCUUCUUCACCUCCGAAUACGUCAUGCGGCUCAUAUCCUCUUCCAGCUUCAAGAACUUUUUGCGGGCAGCGUUUAAUGCUGUAGACCUGGUGGCCAUCCUGCCCUUCUACAUCCAGAUCCUCUUUGAAAAUCUGGAUGAAGGAGAAACGCUUUACCAUGAGGAACUGCACAAGGUGGAGAAUGUGAGCAAGCUGGGCAAAGUCCUCAAGCUCAUCAAGCUCAUGAGGAUCUUCCGCAUCCUCAAGCUGGCGCGCCACUCCACCGGCCUCCGGGCCUUCGGCUUCACCAUACGCCAGUGCUACCAGCAGGUUUGCUGCCUCUUCCUCUUCAUCGCCAUGGGGGUCUUCACCUUCUCCGCUCUCAUGCAUUCGGUGGAACACGAUGUCCCAGGCACCAACUUCACCAGUAUCCCCUACGCGUGGUGGUGGGCAGCGGUCAGCCUCUCCACUGUGGGCUACGGAGACACUGUGCCCGACACGGUGCUCGGCAGGAUGGUGGCGUUCGGCUGCAUCUCCUUUGGCAUCAUCCUCAACGGCAUGCCCAUCUCCAUCCUCUACAACAAGUUUUCUGACUACUACGCCAAGCUGAAGGCCCACGAGGACGAGACCAGCCAGUCGCUCAAGCUCUCCAGGAGGAUCUGCUUGAAGGAGCGAGUCCUGCGGAAGCUGUCGGAGUGCUGCAGAGCCAACCCCCGCUGCCACCACUGACCACCAGCCC